AUGCUACAAACAUGGAUGAUCUCAUAUCAUGAGAUCCAGAAACGGGACCCAAACGCCGCGUCGCUGCUAUUGCUACUUGCUCACUUUGAUAAUCGAGAUAUCUGGUAUGAAUUGAUGAAAAACAGCCACCAUAGCUCAAAUGUUCCUGCUUGGCUUGAAGGGACUAUAUCAGGCGGACUCGCGUUUAGAACCGGCGUCAAGAAUCUCGUCGGUUUCUCUCUGCUUGAGACUACGGAACAAGGGGGAAGUUAUUCGAUGCACCCGGUGGUACAAGACUGGUGCAUUCAUCUUUCCCGCACAGAGAAAAAUGUGGAUUCGACCCAGCUCAAUGAACUGGCACUGAUAUCUGUUGGAUACACAGUUCCAAGUUCAAGUGACAGAAAUUAUUCUGAGCUUCAGCACCGGCUUAUUCCACAGGCGAAUUAUGUACGCCAUGGGAAUUGGUCAGGUGACAGCAUUGAUAUCGCAGUAUGGGGAGCAUUUGGUUGCUUGGGAAACCUCUACUCUGAUCAGGGGAAGCUAAAGGAGGCAGAGGAGAUGUACCAGCGAGCACUGGCAGGCUGCGAGAAGGCCCUCGGUCCUCGUCAUACGUCCACUCUCGAUACAGUCAACAACCUUGGUCUUCUCUACCAAAGUCAGGGGAAGAUAAAGGAGGCAGAGGAGAUGUACCAGCGAGCACUGGCAGGCUGCGAGACGGCCCUCGGUCCAGAUCAUACGUCCACUCUCAAAACAGUCAACAGCCUUGGGAAUCUCUACUCUGAUCAGGGGAAGCUGAAGGAGGCAGAGGAGAUGUACCAGCGAGCACUAGUAGGCUACGAGAAGGCCCUCGGUCCUCGUCAUACGUCCACUCUCGAUACAGUCAACAACCUUGGUCUUCUCUACCAAAGUCAGGGGAAGAUAAAGGAGGCAGAGGAGAUGUACCAGCGAGCACUAGCAGGCAAGGAGAAGGCCCUAGGUCCACAUCACAGGAAGACGCGGUGGGUUAUAAAGAGAUUGAAGUGGCUAAGAAUUGCAAAAUGA